GCACCACAAAAUCUUCACUUCAAGCUAGAUUCUACAGGCUUAACAAUAACCAUUCGAUAACCAAAAUCAACAUAGUUGCUCUCUUACUAUAUACAUCUCUUACUAUAUACAUCUCUUACUUCUAGAACCAAACACACUUAGCUAGCACACAUGUCUCAGUCAGUGUACUAUGAGCUCGAGAACUUGAGCAUGAAUUCUCCAACGCCUCGAGUACCCACCACCGAAGCUUCGAAUAUUGAAUCAACAACCGAUGAUUCUCCAAACAUACAAACUUCCAGUAUCAUCAUCUCAGACUCUUCAAGAGAACUUCCACAGAAGAACUCCCCACAAGCAUUUCCACAAUACGAUAGCCUUCCUGCGGAAAUCAAACAAGAGAUUAUGUACCAAUUUGCACUUCAAAGCGAAACACGCAUCAUACCAGUCGAUAUCCAAAGCAGAUUACUUUCGCCGACAACCAGACGUCUGAGCGACCAAAUCGAAGCUGUCCUCAAAGCCGGCGCGAAAUGGAAUAUUCGAGACCACGAAUUCCAAUACCUUACAUUAACCCGUGGACGCGGAUGGCAUGCUCGAGAACAACUCACUCUCGACGAAUUCUACUUCCGUCCCGAAAAAGACAUCCUGUGGUUCUCCGAAGAAUUUUCAGAAAAUUAUAAAAACAUAAAUAUAUAUCCUCCUGAGAGUGUGAAGCGUUUAGCCAUCAGCCACAGGGAUCUCCGAAGCUUGCUGAUUUUAUUCAGGGGCCAGCUGGAAUCAGAGCUGCCUAGAUAUUCAUCCCUGUUUAUCGGUAAACUACCAAAUCUAGAGCACAUAUACGUAGUUCCGCAUUCCAAUGCUAGGAAAGAGAACUUCGAUGAGAAUAGUGUUCUUGUGGAUUCUGAUAUGCCCGAUGUUGUCAAUAGGAAUAUCUUGCGAAUGUGGUGGUUAUCCUGGCUCGAGAAAGAUUCUGGGAAUAUUGGAUGGAAGGCGCCGGAACUUUCUUUCAAAGAAUUCCAAACAUGAGGAAUAUCGGAAGUUUAGAUGCAUGGGGAUGUAAUGAUGGGCUUGCUUGUGAAUAAAUAAUAGGAGGAAAGAGCUCUCGAUGUAUCUUUACAGAUACUAAGCGAAAAAGCAAAUCGAAUACACGUUAAUGUAUAUCAUCAGCGGAUAACAUUCAAUAGUCAUAAGUACCAAUACUUAUUAAUUGGUAAUAAUAAUAAUGAUGAUAAUAAUCAUCACUAUCCA